CGCCCUUUUUACCUAAUUAAUUAAUAGGUAAGGCGGGGUAACUUUUUGUAAAUAUAUACGGUGCGAAGCAAAAACCAAGAGAACGGGGCCCGGCAAAGAGGAACGCUGCUUCUGGAAAUAGAAGGAAUGCCGAUUCAAGAGAUCUUUCGCCCCAUCUCUGCUUCUCCCGCGUUAUCGCUACCACGCACACUCUCUCUUUUCCAUCUCUCAAAAAAUCUCUCAGCUGAUACGGACUUCAUAAAAUCUAGAAAGAUUAGCGUUUCUUCGAGGUGGGCGACCUUGAUGUGGUUGAUGCUACGACUCCUAUUGAUGUUGCUGUUUGAAUUUUUGAACAAUCAACUAAGUUCACUAAUGUGGAUUGAUGAAAAGGCUAAUGAAUUCUCAACUUGGAUUCAGAGACUGGCUAAUUGGACAGUUUCAGGGUUCUGGUUGAAUUGAUUACAGAUGCUUGAGGGAAAAGGCUGUCAUGCAUUGAUCAGAGACACAUUCUAAGUUGCCGGUUAAAGUUAUGGGAUAUUCCUUCUCUUUCAUUUUGAAUAUUAAUCGGUAUCCAGUUAAAGUCAUGGUUGAACAUGGACAUUUGGAAACAUCUAACAGAAAGUUGUAUUGUUUUUCAACUUGGAUUUUUUUGGUAGAAGGCAGGCAUGCAUUGGAAAUCUGUAUACUUUCAUAAGAUGGCAUAUUUUUAUGUCCGAAAUUCCUUAGUUGCUUUUGUCCUGGGUGGUAUGUGAAAAUUUUAGAACUAUAUAUUAUGGGCAUUCAUGAGCUAUGGACAAUGAUCUCAAGCCCUUGGCUUG